GCAUAGAGAGAGGGAGGAAGAGGAGGAGGAGGAGGAGGAAGGAGAAAGCGGCAGGGACCGCCCGGGCCUUGACAUCGCCGCCCACCCGUUUCGGUCCCGUCUCAGGCUCGCAGCCGUCGAAAUGGAGUGGCGCCGGAGAUGGUACUCUGCCGCCGUGCCUUCCUUUGGGCGGUGAUCCCCCGUGGCCCGCCCUUCCCCUUCUCUCGUCAGUGGCUCCUGCCGUCGCCGCCUCCGCCGUUGCCGUUGCCGUUCCUGGGGCCUUUCCGGCCUUUUGUGCCUCGCGCGGCAGCAGCCCACCUCCCCCUCAACCCCCCCCCCCGAGAAAUGGUUGGGGUGGUAGCGGACUAGUCCGUGGAGGUAGUCCUUGACGUAUGACCACAAUUGAGCCCAAAUUUUCUGUUGCUAAGAAGACAGUUGUUAAAUAAGUUUGCAGUAUUGUAAAUAAAAAAGAUCAACAUAAUGCUGAAGUGGAACGGUUUUGUUUUCCAUACCUAAGACAUACCUAUCUGAAAGGGUAGCAAGUCACGAGGCAAUUGACACCAACAAGUUCUAGCUUGCGGGUCGAGUACCCAACAAACGACGAGUACCAGGACAAAAAUUUUGCGUCAAAAUGCAUCGAGUACCAAAUUCAAUGAGUUUCAAAGCAGUCGAGUACCGAGCAACAUGAACCGUGAAGAUCGGAAUGCGCUGCGUAUUAAAGAAAAAGAGAGGCGUAAUCAAGAAAUUCAACAGGGUGAAGAAGCUUUCCCACCUAAUUCUCCUCUUUUUGCUGAACCAUAUAAAGUUACCAGCAAAGAAGAUAAAUUGUCUAGCCGUAUCCAAAGCAUGCUUGGAAACUAUGAUGAAAUGACGGAACUUAUAGGUGACCAGUCUCUCCAGAAACUUGUUAGAAUUCCCAAACCGACAGGUCCAUCAGCAACAGAUGACAAAUCAAACCAAAGUUUCUUUGGUGAUCAGAGACACAAUACUGGCUCUCAUCAGAGCAGCAAAUGGACGCCUGUAGGCCCAGCGCCUAGCACUUCUUCCCAGUCACAGAAACGGUCCUCAGGUUUACAGGGUGGACAUAGUAGUCAACGCAACAGUGGCAACAGCACUAGCAAUAGCGGACAGAGGCAUGAUCGUGACUCAUACAGCAGUGGUGGAAGCAGCAGUAGCCGCAAAAAAACCCAGCAUGGAUCAGAACAUUCAAAAUCCCAUUCUUCCAGUCCUGGAAAAACAUCUGUUGUUUCUUCUCUGAACCCCAGCCAUUCCAGAUCUCAUGGAAAUGACCAUCAUGGUAAAGAACAUCAGAGAUCCAAAUCUCCACGAGACCCAGAUGCCAAUUGGGAUUCACCUUCCCGUGUACCGUCUUUUUCUAGUGGUAGCCAGUCGUUUCCUCCUUCGCUUAUGUCAAAGUCAAGUACAAUGUUGCAGAAGCCUACUGCCUAUGUAAGACCUAUGGAUGGUCAGGAAUCAAUGGAACCAAAGUUAUCUUCUGAACACUACAGUAGCCAGAAUCAUAGCAACAAUAUGAAUGAACUGAAACCUAGUAGCAAAGUACAUCUAACAAAGCUGAAAAUUCCUUCUCAACCACUUGAUGCUUCAGCAUCCGGUGAUAUGAACAGUGUGGAUGAGAUUCUAAAAGAGAUGACCCAUAUUUGGCCACCGCCACUUACUGCAAUACACACACCUUGCAAAACUGAACCUUCAAAGUUUCCAUUCCCAACAAAGGAAACUCAGCAAUCUAAUUUUGGCACUGGGGAUCAAAAAAGAUAUAAUCCUUCACUGAAAACCUCUAAUGGCCACCAGUCUAAAUCAUGUGACUCAAACCAGACCAAUGUUCUGAUAAAUGAUUUGAAACUCAGCAGCAGUGAAGACAGUGAUGGUGAACAGGAUUUUGAUAAGACAGUACCAAGAGGUACACCCGGAAGCAAUUCUGAGCCUUCCCAGCAUACAAGUGAAGGAGCAGAUAAUUCUAGGGAUGACUCAAGCAGCCAUAGUGGGUCUGAAAGCAGUUCGGGUUCAGACUCAGAAAGUGAAAGUAGUUCCAGCGAUAGCGAGGCAAAUGAGCCUUCUCAAAGUGCAUCUCCUGAGCCUGAGCCGCCUCCAACAAAUAAGUGGCAGCUUGACAACUGGCUAAACAAGGUGAACCCACACAAAGUAUCACCAGCUUCUUCUGUUGACAGUAACAUCCCAUCAACCCAAGGUUACAAAAAAGAAGGGAGAGAUCAGAGCACAGGGGGAGGAUAUGCAGACCAAAGUGGAUCAAAGGAUUCCAUAUCCUCUACAUCUGGGAGAGAUUCAAAAAGUAGCCAGAAAGGAUCGGAGAGCAAUCGUGGUCGACAGAAGUCACCUGCUCAAAGUGAUAGUGCGAUCCAAAGGAGGACUGUAGGCAAGAAACAGCCCAAAAAAGCAGAGAAACCAUCAGUAGAAGAGCCCAGAGGAGGCCUGAAGAUAGAAAGUGAAACCCCCCUGGACAUGGCAACAAACAUACCCUCCAACAGACAUAAAGCAGCCACAAAAGGCUCCAGAAAACCAAAUAUAAAAAAGGAGCCUAAACCAUCCCCUCGGCCUAUCACAGAGAAGAAGAAAUGCAAGGUGGCAAACAAACCCGCUCAGAAAUCUAAGGAAUUCAUUGAAACAGAUACCUCCUCCUCUGAUUCUGAUGAGAAUGAGAGCCUUCCUCCUUCAUCGCAAACCCCCAAAUAUUCGGACAGCAAUAGGACUCCUGUUAAACCCUCCAUAGAGGAGGAUGACAGUUUUUUACGGCAACGAAUAUUCUCUCCUAUGGAAGAGAAGGAACUCCUUUCACCGCUCAGUGAUCCUGAUGAAAGAUAUCCCCUUAUUGUGAAGAUUGACUUGAGCCUCCUAACCAGAAUACCAGGGAAGCCUUACAAAGAGACAGACCUAUCAAAAUCAGAGAGAAAAAAUGUGUGUGAGAAACAUCCAAGAGAACCCCAGAAAACAACUUCUGACAAAAGUUCCAACAAGGGCAGAAAAAAGCAUAAAUUAUGUCAGAACGCAGAAGACAGCAGAGGCACUGAAAGCAAGAAAACUAAAGUGGAAGAAAAACCUUCUACAGCACACAAGACUUCUAGUAAUAGAGAGUCUUCAAAGCAAAGCACUGUUAAAGAGAAGGAUCUUCUCCCAUCUCCAGACACAACCUCAGUUGUUGCAAAAGAUCCAAAGCAAGAGCACGGAUCUAGGAAAAGAACUAUCAGUCAGUCUUCUUCCUUGAAAUCAGGCAGUAAUAGUAACAAGGAUAAUAGCAGCACUAAAAGUAGCUCAUCUAAGCAAAAGAAGACAGAAGGAAAGGCUUCAAAUAACACUAAAGAAACAAAGGAAAAGGUUUUAAAUAAUUCUUCUAAUUGUCCUUCUGCCUCCGUCACAAGUUCCGAUAGUUCAAAGUCCCGAAGAGCAAAGCUAGUAUUUGAUGACAGAAGCUACUCAGCAGAUCACUAUUUGCAAGAAGCAAAGAAAUUAAAACAUAAUGCUGAUAAACUGUCUGACAGGUUUGAAAAAGCUGUUUUUUACCUUGAUGCUGUAGUUUCAUUUAUUGAAUGUGGGAAUGCAUUGGAGAAAAAUGCUCAGGAAUCCAAGUCCCCAUUCCCUAUGUAUUCUGAAACUGUGGAGCUCAUCAAGUACACUAUGAAGCUAAAGAAUUGCUCAGCACCAGAUGCAACUGCUGCAGACAAAAGGCUAGCAGUACUAUGUCUGAGAUGCCAGUCCCUCUUAUAUUUAAGACUUUUCAAGCUGAAGAAGGAAAGUGCGUUAAAAUAUUCCAAGACACUGACUGAACAUUUGAAGAAUUCCUAUAACAAUUCUCAAGCCCCAUCACCUGGUAUGGGAAGCAAACCUGUCAGCAUGCCAUCUCCAGUUUCACCAAAAUUGUCUCCAGGGAAUUCAGGAAAUUACUCGUCAGGGUCAACCAACCCUUCAGGGAGUGCUUCUUCAGUUACUAUUCCACAGAGGAUACAUCAGAUGGCAGCCAGCUACGUCCAGGUUACUUCCAACUUUCUGUAUGCCACUGAAAUUUGGGACCAAGCAGAUCAGCUUGCCAGAGAACAAAAGGAAUUUUUUGCAGAACUGGACAAAGUUAUGGGUCCUCUGAUCUUUAAUGCAAGUGUUAUGACAGAUCUGGUACAUUACACCCGACAGGGAUUACAUUGGUUGCGUGUGGAUGCCAAGUUAUAACUGGAUUGAAGUAAGAGGCUUGCUGCCUCUGAUUUUUUUUCAACACUGUGUCAUAAAAAAAAAUAAGGAAGACUGCCAUAAUGAAAGCAAAGAAAGUGAAAUCAAAGAGAAAGGAACACUUUCCUGUGUCUCCCAGCAUCAUGUGUGUAAGAACCUCCAAACAUUGUGUUAAUGAACUUUUUCAGCUGACCCCAUUUUAAAAAAGAAUAUUUAAAAAUAGUUUAAACUCUGCAAUGUUUUAAUGUAAAAUGGAUUCACUGAUUUGCAAUUGGAUUGGAAUUCUAAUAAUGAUGCCUAACAAAUCUGUUUUAAAACUUAUUUAUUUUAAUUUGUUUUUAAAAGCUGUGUUUUGGGGCUGGUUUAAAACUUAGCUGUUUUUCCUAUGAAUUUUACCUAAUCAAGUACUUAGUGAAGAUUAAAUGUAGACACUUUAUUUAAGUAUUUUGUGAGCUUUGUUAUUCUGUAAUGUCUUGUGAUGGUGGAGCUUGUAAGAGAAAGUCAGGGUUGAUAGAUUUUAAAGUGUAGACACACACAUUUUCCUGCAUAUUUAAGUCAACCCUUAAUGAUGGCCACAGUUUUAUUGAUGUGCUAAGUUCCAAGGUUAUAACUUCAUCAUCAAUUAAAUCAUUUGAAGUCAAAAUAUUCAAGUAUUUGUAUGGCAAAUCAGUUUCGAAACACAUGUCUUAACACUAAUAAUCUCAGUACGUUACAAAAUAUUGCAUUUAAUGCAAUAUUCAAUGUGAUGUGAGUCACAAUGGACUUCAGUCUCCAAGUAUAAAAUAGGAAUGGUUUCAGAUGGACAAUCUCAUACUUUGGUGCAGCCUCUUUUAUUUCCUAACUUGUAAUUGUUAGACACCAAAGCUUCUAACAGUAGUAAUUCCUUAUGUGAAACUGACAUGCUUCAUCAGAAAACGCCAUGUGUGACAAACAUCUGUCUUUGUCAGAAUUAUGUAAUGGACAAGACGGGGUAGAGAAUAGACCUGUGAAUUACAGGGACAUUUUAAACUGUUCGGUCCAAUUAAUUUGAAAUUUUGCUUUUAUGCCAUUCUGUGGCACAUUCAUUAAUGUUAAAUGUUUGUGAUGGGAACAGAUUAUUUAAUUAUAAUGAAAUAACUGUGAUCAGCAAGAAUCAUGCAUGAAAAUCUGCUUUAAGGUUAAUAAGCAAGGUACCUUUUCAUAGAAGGUGCUUAUCUGACUAAAAGAAAAAAAAUACUGCUUUAGCGUCCCUAUCAUGUCUGGUGUGCCUUAUGCCUUUUUAGAUGAAGAUUUUAAAUACUGUUUACAAGACGUUUUACACUUAGGACCUGGUAUCCAGUCAGUCUCCAGCAGUAAAAUUGUACUUCCUUUUCCUAAUUCUAGUGGCUGUCAUUUGUUGACAAUUCAUGUUGCUCGUGCUUUAGAGUCAGACUCUAAACCUUUUCGUUGUGGAAUUGUGAUAUGCUGCUUUGCCUGCCCUUGUUCCUAAAACCCACCCAGAUGUGAACAUGCAUGUUCAAGAAAACAAUUGCACUAAAAUUAUGUCUAGCUGUAUAAGCUAUGUGCCAAAAUGAUGGCGAGUUUUGAAAGAAGGAUAGAAUUUUACACCAAUUAGUAUUGCAGUAUCUUUGGGACAGUGAAAGUUCAGUAGCUUCAUAAAUUAUAACAACUAAAGAAUAGUUUGUAUAUUCAUAGAGAUUUGUAUCCUGAUGGGAUACAUGGUUUCUUUUAUACCCUGAUACUUACGAUCUGUUUCGUUGAAGUUGCUAAUCACUUGGUUUGUAUUCGAUGUCAUUAAAGCUUACUGUUGCACCCUGCAGCACAAGAAUGAGUUGUGAGAGCAGAAGAAAAACAUGUAGGCACAACCAUACAGCAUUUUUGUUUAUACAAAAAAGUAUAUUGUGGUUUUGCCAUGUAAGUGAUUGAAUUAUCACUGUAAAUUUACUAUGUGCAAAAAUCACCUUAGCUAAUCAAUAAUGGGAAAACCCAUCUGUUUAUAUGAAAUUGCAACGUACUAGUGUUCCACAUACUUGUGUUCCUUUCAGUCAGUGUGAGCAGCUAUCUUGGAGAAGAUUUUUUAAAUUGCUCCCUUAGCAAACAUUAUUGUAUUUACUCUCAACACAGAGAUUAAAGAGUUAAAGAAAUA